AUGUCUACUCAAGAUGCAGAUCGUGGCUUUAUCGCAAAGCUUGAGCCUUGCACAAUCAAAAAUCACGAUGGUCAUGUUAUUUGGAAUAACGACGCAUAUGAUUUCUUGACCAACGCGCCUUGUCCAGAGACGGCCAACCCGAAACUAUGGCGACAAGCGCAGCUUGUAAGCAAGCAAGGCUUAUUCAAGGUCGCUAGCGGUAUCUAUCAAAUUCGCGGAUUUGACCUUUCAAAUAUGACUAUCAUUGAAGGUGAUAGUGGAAUCAUUGUGGUCGACCCCCUCACUUCAGCCGAAUGCGCACAAGCAGCCCUCAACUUAUAUUAUGAGAAUUGUUCCAGGAAAUCCGUGUUAGGCAUGAUCUAUACACACUCGCACGCCGACCAUUUUGGGGGAGCAAAGGGGGUCGUCGGAUCAAACGAAUCUUGCACUAUGCCUAUCUUGGCACCGUAUGGCUUUCUUGACCAUGCUGUCACUGAGAAUAUUUAUGCCGGGAACGCUAUGGCUCGCAGGGCUGCAUACAUGUACGGCGACCAGUUACCAAAAGGACCGUCUGGUCAAAUCAGCUGUGGUCUGGGAGCAACAGUUUCUGCGGGAAGAGUAACGUUAAUACCUCCAUCGGUCGAUAUCACGCAUACCGGCCAAGUAGAGGUGAUCGACGGGGUAGAAUUUGUCUUCCAACUCACUCCUGGCACAGAGGCGCCAGCGGAAAUGAAUUUUUAUCUGCCCCAACGGCGGGCCUUGUGCGUUGCGGAAAAUGCGACCCAAUGCCUUCACAAUAUUGCCACUCUCCGAGGUGCUGCCGUUCGGGAUGCUCAAGCAUGGUCUUCAUAUUUGGACGAGACGAUUGUUCUCUUCGCUGGAACUUCAGACGUCGUAUUUGCUUCUCAUCAUUGGCCCACCUGGGGUCAAAAGUCUCUGUUGAACUAUCUUACGCAACAGCGUGACCUCUACGCUUUUCUGCAUGACCAGACUCUGCGCCUGAUGAAUGAGGGUUUAACAGGCGUUGAAAUUGCCGAGGAGUUGGAGCUCCCUGUUCGACUGCGAGACUCUUGGCACACGCAGGGGUUUUAUGGCUCUGUAAGCCACAAUGUCAAGGCCAUUUAUCAGCGCUACAUGACAUGGUUCGAUGGAAAUCCAUCUCAUCUAUGGGAACACCCGCCAGUCGAAGCCGCGAAACGUUAUGUUUCCUGUAUAGGCGGUGUGGAAGCAGUGCUCCAAAAAGCGAGAGAGUUCUCUGACGAAGGGGAUUUACGAUUCGCUGCAUCACUUCUCAACCAUGCCGUGUUCGCCGAUCCCGAGAACACAAAGGCCAAAUCUUUACUCGCAUCUACGUACGAGAGCUUGGGUUAUGGAUGUGAGAACGGCCCAUGGCGGAAUUUUUACAUUUCCGGCGCAAUGGAACUACGUGGCAUUAGGCCAGAGGGCAAUGUACUGUCUGGCCAGUCCGGGUUGAUUGAGGCUUUGUCACUUCACCAUCUCAUGGCAUCGGUUGCUGUUCGGCUGGAUGGCACUCGGGCGCAAACAAAAGAUUUCGUCAUCGAUCUAUAUGUGACCGAUCGAGACGAGCACUGCCGUUUACUAGUUAGUAACGGGGCGUUGAUACACCGCACUGGAAAAGGCUCUCCGAAAUCAUCUACGUUGGAUUCGGCGGAUUUCUCAUGUGCUCUUACAUAUGGGCAAUUGGUUCAGUCCUUGUCGGCUGGGCAAGCGGUAGGAAAUUUUGGUGAAGAACAGGGAGAUCGCUCUUAUUGGAACAGACUGCUUGGUCUACUCUCCACCCCGAACGCAACGUUCGAGAUCGUUGUUCCUUAA